AAUCACAAUACAAGCCUCCCACAGGCUUCUUCUUCUGUCUCCACCGCCUCUCAAAAAACAAACUAAAAUCCCCCUCUGGGAUUUCGAAACUGUUACUAGUAAGCCGUCAGCCAAUGGAUCAAGACUUUGAUCGGGUGAAGGGACCGUGGAGUCCCGAGGAGGAUGAGUUGUUGCGCAAGCUGGUGCUUCGGCACGGUCCUAGAAACUGGUCAUUGAUUUCGAAGUCGAUCCCUGGUCGAUCAGGGAAGUCAUGCAGGCUCCGUUGGUGCAACCAGCUGUCACCCGAAGUCGAGCACCGCGCCUUCACGCCGGAGGAAGACGAGACCAUCGUGAGAGCCCACGCCAGGUACGGCAACAAAUGGGCUACCAUCGCCAGGCUCCUUAACGGCCGUACGGACAACGCCGUUAAAAACCAUUGGAACUCAACCUUAAAGCGAAAACUCUCAAUGGAAGAUGGAGAUUCUCUGCAGGAAACGGGGAAAAGGUCGGCCAAAUCCCAGAGAUCAGCGAGUAGUAAUAACAUGGGGAGUCCCUCGGGUUCUGACGUCAGCGAUUUAGGAUUGAACGUCGCUGAGUCGGAACGCUCUGGCGUUUCAACUGAGCUUACUCUUGGACGUUCUUCGAACGAGUCCAGCGAGUUGAAUAACGACAACUCAUCCUCGGAGAAAGUGUUAUUAGCUCAAAAGCAUGAGAUGGGGACAAAGACCGCGACGGUUGACCCGAACCUUAUGGCUGCGAUGCAAGAGAUGAUAAGGAAAGAAGUGAGAGAUUGCAUGGCAGAGUUUGGUUUCCAGAGUGAAGGUGUGAGGAAUGCUGGGUUUAAGAGAAUUGGGAUUAGAAGGAUUGAUUGAGGGGAUAAUCUGGGAUUAGUGAUCAUUAGAAGAUUGUUAAGAUGGAGACAUGAGAGAUCUAGACGCGUAGGAUUUGAUGAAGGUAUGGAAGACUACCAGAAAGAAAGAACGAAAGAAAAACAAAAUUCCUUUUGUUUUUACAGUACAAUAAUUUUGAGCAUGUACAGAGACAACGGGAGAACCAAAAAAAAAAAGGGAAAAUUAUGAACUUUCAUUAAUUUUGUCAGAUGAAUUAGCUUGAACUUUGAUUACCAGCCAACAAAGACAACAAAAUUAUACAGUGUACCAGCCAACAAAGAAAACAAAAUUAUUCAGUGGAAAUUCUAUACAGUUUUAUUGUUCGUUUUUCAAA